GCUCCCCCCCGGCCCCGGCGCGGACACAGAGCAAGGCGGGCGCCCGCGGCCCCCGUCCGCUUCCCCGCUGCGGGCCGGGAGCCGGGGGCUCGGCUGGCCGCACACGCAGGGGGGGCGGCAGCGGGGGCAGGGAAGGGGCGCACGGCGGCAACGUGCGCCCCACAAACCCCGCCAGGGAGGCGGCCCGCGCCGCGCCGGGCGGGGCGAGACGAGGCGAGGCGAGGCGAAGCGGCCGGGGGCGGGUCCGGGCGGGCCGGCCGGCACUCCCCCGCGGCCGGCACACCGGCACGGCUCCGCCGCUCGCCUCCGCGGGGCUGCCGCGGCCCCGCCCGCAGCCGGCGGCCAUGGGCGUGCUGCCGGUGCCGGCGGAGGUGCGCGCCAUCCUGCUGGACAUCGAGGGCACCACCACCCCCAUCGCCUUCGUGCAGGACACCUUGUUCCCUUACAUCAAAGACAACAUUAAGGAGUAUCUGCGUGCACACUGGGAAGAGGAGGAGUGCCAGCGGGAUGUCGGUCUUUUGAGGAAACAGGCUCUAGAGGACUCCAGUUUGGAUGGAGUUGUACCAAUUCCUUUAGAGAGCGGAAGCGGGGAAGAGGAACUGGAGCGGGUUAUCCAGGCUGUCGUAGACAACGUGCGCUGGCAGAUGUCUCUCGACAGAAAGACCACAGCACUGAAACAACUGCAAGGUCAUAUGUGGAGGGCAGCCUAUGCAACUGGACAUGUGAAAGGAGAAGUCUUUGAAGAUGUGGUUCCAGCCAUCCGGAAGUGGAGAGAAGCAGGGAUGAAGGUCUACAUCUACUCUUCAGGGAGCGUUGAAGCCCAGAAGCUUCUGUUUGGCUACUCUACAGAAGGUGAUAUUCUAGAGCUCUUCGAUGGCCACUUCGAUACCAAAAUAGGCCCCAAGGUAGAAAGCGAGAGCUACAGAAGGAUUGCUGAGAGUAUUGGGUGUGCAACUAACAACAUCCUCUUCCUGACUGAUGUCCCUCGAGAAGCGAAUGCUGCCGAGGAAGCGGAUACCCACGUGGCUGUGGUAAUCAGACCAGGCAACGCAGGACUGACAGACGACGAGAAAUCGUAUUACAGUCUCAUCUCAUCUUUCACUGAACUUUUCUUGCCUUCCUCCACUUAGGGAAAGGGUUGCAUGCACAGAAGACUGUGCUUCACCUCAGUUGUCCUUGUCUAACCUUAGUUAACUAUGUAAUCAGGAUUUAAAACCAAACCCACAUCAUGUAUUGGACCCACAACUACGGCAGGUGUGGAGAGAACAGCGUGAGGUUCCUUAUGCACUAGGACUGAGGCCUGCAAAAGCCCACCAGAGCUGGGAACAGUCUGAGGAGCAGCACCCAUAAACCUUGCUUUUCCUUCACUUUCGGGCUAGGAAUUAGCCCAGAGGAUGCUUCCCUCCGUAUCGCUCGUUGCAACCUGGUGCUGAGAAGCCCCACCAUGAGCUCUGUCCUUCUGAAAAGCAUUCUGCAAAGCUUGCAUCCCAGAGGGGCUGGUGGGGGUUAUGGGGAGAGACGAGCUUCACCCUGUAGAUGGGAUUUCUGCCUCUCGCACUAAGUUAAAACUUUCAAAGUUAGGUCCAUAUAUUUUUAGAAACUAAAUUCUAAACCCACCUCACAGCACUGCCCAGUGGUGCUGGGCCGUGGGUCCAACCGGCUGCACACCAAAGUCAGCAUGGCUGCGUUUCCGACGUGCUUCCCUUAGCAAUAACCUGUCGAGCUCCUCCUCAGUAGCCAAGAUCACCUGUCAUGCAUUCAUGGCACUAGUCAGCUGAGAGCAGCCCUUUAUAAAUAAUUGCUGGUAAUGGAUGCAUCCUGCUGCAUUUAUUGAGAAUUAAAACUCAGACCUUUUCACACACCUUGCCUAAAUUGUGCCAAUUUAUACCAGAUGUUCAUGGAGCUUUUCCUACUGUAGUAAAUAAAAACACAAGUUUGCUUUCA